AGCGAACAAGCGACGCCUUCCCUCCCUGUCUGCUCCCCCACCUCACUCCCUCUCCUCUUCCCGAGAAGAAGAAGCGGACCACGCGCAGGCACACAGAUUUCGAUCCGCUUCCCCAAGCCUCCAUCCUCACGAGCUCCCGGCCGACCGAGCUCGCCGCCGCGUCUCGGCGCACGGAUCCGGAGGGCGCCGGCGGCCGAGGCCCCAGAUCCGGUGCCGUUCUGGUGGGGGGUGGAGCGGCCAUCUGCUUUCGCUCCGCUUUGCUGCGCGCUGUGAGGCUCUGCUCUGCUCCCAAGGCUCUGCUGCGGCCGUACCAUGGCGGCGCCGGCGUGAGGGGCUCCACGGCGAACGGGCGGGCGGGCGGGACCAAGAUGUGGAAGCAGUUCCUCAGCAAGCUGCCGCGGACCAAGUCCACGGGCGGCGGCGGCGGCGGCGACUCGGGCCAGUGCAGCGGCGGCGGCAAUGGCAACCCGAUACAGCGCACCAGCAGCGUGCCGGCCGGCGGGGGCGGGGGCGGCCGCUCCGCCUCCACCAUCAAGCGCAUGUCGUCGGCGGUCUUCCCCUCCAGCGUCGUCGCCGGGAUCGAGCCGCUCGUGGCCUUCAAGGACGUGCCCAGCUCCGAGCGCCACAACCUGUUCGUCAGCAAGCUCGGCCUCUGCUGCGCCGUCUUCGACUUCUCCGACCCGGCCAAGAGCUCCGCCGAGAAGGACAUCAAGCGGCAGACGCUGCUGGAUCUCAUCGACUUCGUCGACUCCAGCAGCGGCCGCUACCCGGAGGCCGUCAUCGCCGCCUGCUCCAGGAUGCUCGCCGUCAACCUCUUCCGGGUGUUCCCCCCGAGCUACAGGUCCGGCGCUGGCUCCUCAUCCGGCGGCGAGGGCGACGAGGACGAGCCGAUGUUCGACCCCGCGUGGUGCCAUCUGCAGCUCGUGUACGAGCUGCUGCUCAAGUUCAUCGGGUCCAACUCCCUGGAUGCCAAGAUAGGGAAGAAGUACUUCGACCACUCCUUCAUCGUCCGGCUGCUCAACCUCCUCGACUCCGAGGACCCCCGGGAGCGAGACUCCCUCAAGACCAUCCUCCACAGGAUCUACGGCAAGUUCAUGGUGCACCGGCCCUUCAUCCGCAAGGCGGUCAGCAACAUAUUCUACCACUUUGUGUUCGAGACCCAGCGGCACAACGGCAUCGCCGAGCUGCUCGAGGUGUUCGGCAGCGUCAUCAGUGGCUUUGCAUUGCCUCUCAAGGAGGAACACAAGAUCUUUCUUUGGAGAGUUCUCAUUCCUCUGCACAAGCCGAAGUCAGUUGGGGUGUAUCUCCAGCAGUUGACAUACUGCGUGACACAGUUUCUAGAAAAGGACCCCAAGCUUGCCGGAUCGAUAAUCAUUGGUCUGCUGAGAUAUUGGCCUGUGACAAAUAGCCAGAAGGAGGUGAUGUUCCUGAGUGAGAUUGAGGAGAUCCUGGAGGCUACCAGCAUGGUGGAGUUCCAGAAAUGUAUGGUUCCGUUGUUCCGGCGGAUAGCUCAGUGCAUCAACAGUUCACACUUCCAGGUUGCUGAAAGAGCACUCUUCAUGUGGAACAAUGACCACAUCAUCAGCCUGGUGGCACAAAACCGGCAAGUGAUCAUGCCCAUCAUCGUUCCGGCGCUAGAACAGAACGGCCAGAACCAUUGGAACCACGCGGUCCUGAACCUGACCGCCAACGUGAUGAAGAUGUUCUCCGAGAUGGACGAGGAACUGUUCUCGGCGUGCCUAACCAAGUGCAAGGAGGAUGAGGAAAACCAGGCGUCGUUGGAAGAGAAGCGGAGGCUGAAGUGGGCGAAACUAGAGUCUGCCGCAGCUCUCCAGCCAGUGACCGGCCACACCGCCGUCCUGGUAGGGUAGGUCGCCAACCGUCGGCGAUAAUGUCGUCGCCCCCACCCUCGUUUAGCGUGUGUUUGGUCGGUGGAGGUGCAUGCCAAUGGUGUUCUUCCCCUGUUCGGUGAAGCGCGCCCAAGUGAUGAUCAACUCCAGGGCUCGUCGUUUUGCUUUUCUUCUGUACGUUGUAACUAUUCCCACUAUGUCUAAUGCUCUAGAGGCAAAAUGUAGCUUUGAGAGCAAGCGCCUUGCGCUGAGACUCAUUAGCUGUAACUUUGCCUGUUUAUUUUAUGAACAUUAUCCUAGAGCUUAAUUCAAGUGUCUAGAGCCAUUUCUCUC